AUGGCAGCCUACCCACUUCACCUCACUUCGCCGGAGAUCGCUCCGGCCACCCCCGACUCGCCGGUCGCAUACUCGCCCGCCGACCCACCCCUGGCUUACCCGCCGGCCGGCCCGCUUCCUGGUCCGGUGCCCUGCCACGUUCUGGUCCCCAAGGAACAAAUCCUCUACGUCCCGUCCCUGGCAAAUGCCAGCCUCGCGGAGGACCACCUCCGGUGGGAAUCCCGCCGCCGAUUGAGAAAUCGCCGGCGGAUGAUCCGCUGCCUCCUCAUCGCCGUCUUCAUCCUCGCCUGCUCAGUCGUCGCAGUUCUCGACGCCGUUUUCCGACCCAAAGACCUUAAGUUCUCCGUCGAACGCGUCUCCGUCGAGGGGUUUUCCUCUUUGGCGACGGCGGCGGCGGUCGAGCUCGCCGUCAGGGCCGAAAAUCCCAGCAAGCACGUCGGGCUGAACUAUAGAGUGGUUAAAGUUGAUAUUUAUUACUUUGACACUGGCUUUGGUAACGGCGCCGUUUCGCCGUUCUACCAACCCAGCAAAAACGUCACCGUUUUGAGGACAGUAUUGAGGUGCUCUUACAACAAGGUGUUGAGAAAAGCAUUGUUGGAUGAGCAUGGAAAGGGGCGGGUCCCACUUUCGGUGACCAUGGUAGGCAAAGUUAAUCUCAAGGUGAGUUUCAUUAAGACAUGGUUGGCAUCGGUUAACAUUAUGUGCAAGCUCGAGAUAAGUGCUCUAGAAGUGAAAUCCAAUAUUCUUUCUAAAAGUUGUGAGGAUUAUGUCAAAUUUUGGUAA